AUGCGGGCGCCUCGUAAGCGAGGCGAUGCACUGCUCGGCUGUCCAUUUUACUCUUCUGCGUCCACGUGCGCAUAUGCACUUUUAUUCGUAGUUGCGGGACUCAACAAGUAUAAACUCGUCUUCCUCGGCGAGCAGGCCGUGGGAAAGACCUCCAUCAUCACUCGGUUCAUGUACGACACCUUUGACAACAACUACCAGGCCACAAUCGGCAUCGACUUCUUAUCGAAGACUCUGUACUUGGAAGACAGAACCGUGCGUCUCCAGCUGUGGGACACUGCCGGCCAGGAACGCUUCCGCAGCUUGAUUCCGUCCUAUAUUCGGGACUCCUCCGCGGCCGUGGUCGUCUACGACAUUACAAACCGCGCCUCGUUCCUGAACACGACCAAAUGGAUCGAAGACGUUCGCGCAGAGCGCGGCAACGAUGUCAUCAUCUCCCUCGUCGGGAACAAAACGGAUUUGGCGGACAGAAGACAAGUUUCGUACGAAGAGGGGCAGCAGAAGGCUCAAGAACACGACAUUAUGUUCGUUGAGACCAGCGCGAAGGCGGGCUACAACAUCAAAAACCUCUUCCGGAAACUGGCUUCCGCGUUGCCAGGUCUGGAGACUCAGCAGACUCCGAACGACGCACAGAUGGUGGACGUACAGCUGAACGCCACUCCUCAGCAGCAAGAUCUGACGAGCAAGAGUUCGUCCUGCUCUUGCUGA